AUGAGCGACUCUUCGGAAGACGAUCAACCCUUCAACCUUCGCGACUACGAGGACGAUGAAUCUGACGAUGAGCGACCACAUAAAAGAAGGAAGACGACAAAGAUAUUGCGCAAUCGUGGGCUGGGGUUCGUCAAAUCUACUGGUCAAGAGGAGGGGCAGGACGAGGCAAAAGACGGAGAAGAUGAAGAUGAAGAAGAUGUUGACGACGAAAGACCUUCCAUGCGUAUGGGCCUGGGAAUGGGCGCUGGUAUGAGUGGGUUUCGAACCGCCUUCAAUAUAGGCGAAUACAACGACGACGAAGCAGGGGCAGAAAGAGACACUUCGCCCAUGGACAUGUCUCCCCAAAGACAAUCAGAAAAGCCUGUCCGCAUGGGUCCUUCAGCAUUUGGUGUCGGUGGCCGCAUGAACAAAAAUUCCUUUGCGGCGCGGAUGAUGGCCAAACAAGGGUAUGUCGAAGGCCAAGGUCUAGGGAAAUCAGGACAAGGAAUCACAGCGCCUAUUCAGGCCAAAGUACUACAGAGUCGGGCUGGUUUGGGCCAGGGAAGCGGCACACCAGAACCUGCUCGCAGGAAACAAGACGCAGGAAAGGACAAGACCUCUUCUAAAGGUUCGACACCCGGCACAAGCACACCACGAAUCAAGGCACCCCCGAAGGCCAAAUAUGCUGUCGCCGCAAUCGAAUCGAGGGGCCUCCACGUCCCCGAGGCAAUGAAACAGAUCAUUGUCGAUGCAACUGGAGCCGAAACCAAGACUGUCACCUCCUUGUCGGGCUUCUCGACGCCUACCAGAGAAGCCUCACCAUCACCGGCUCUCGAAGCUGCAAAAGCCACUUCCCGCAUAAAGCUCCAGUUGCAGGCUUUUGCCGACGCUUGGGACUCGACAAAGGACCAAGAAACCCAUCUGGAGCAGGAACAAAUGCAGCUGGGCGCUGCAUUGGCAUUGCACGAAGAAGAAAUACAACGCUACAACGACAUCAUUUCGGCAUUUGAGCGGGUCAAUGUGGACGACUCGAGUGAACCCCGGGACUGGAACUCCUCUAUAACCCGCCUACAGGACAUCCAAGUCCGCUUUGUCAAUUAUAUCUCUGAACUCUCACUUCCUGAACUCACUGCUUCCUGCCUCGAAACCCCCUUCAGGCGUGAAAUGGUUGAAUGGGAUCCUCUUUCUGAUCCCACUCACCUCCUUGAGUCCCUGAAGUCGAUUGAUCAGCUCCUUGAAAUUGACAAAUCAAGAUCUUCCCGCCACCGCAAACGAACCACCUACUUUGAGUCAUUGCUCCUGUUGCACUGGUACCCGCGCAUACGCACGGCGCUGUCCAAGGAAUGGGACAUUUACGACCCAGACCCGGCGUACAAUUUGAUUGAUGCUUGGACGCCACUACUUCCCCCUUUCCUCGUCCACAAGAUCCUGCAUGAAACCGUUGUUCCGCGGUUAAUCGAGGCUGUCAAACGAUUUCCCAAGUCGCUCGAUCCAGGCACUUUUGGCAGUGGCAGAAGCAAAAAGUCCAGCAGAGCUCCGGACAUGCACACUUGGCUCUUCGAUUGGUGGACGCUUAUCUCUUCCGAGACGCUCGACCUCGAGCGGUUCCCCGAACUGAGAUCCCUGGUCAAGUCCAAAGUCGAUGCCGAGUCGUGGUCGCAUUGGAAACCGCUGCUCGGGUCGAGGAAACCCAAACUGCUGCCCUCCGCCACCCCUGCCGCGCCACGUACCGCCGCCUCCACCACGACGGCUGGCCUCACCGAGGCGAUGGAGGAGAUGACAUUCAGAUCGCUCGUCGAGGAAUGGUGUUCGGAGCACAACCUGCUCCUACAGACGUCGCAUAAAUCCGACGCGUUCGGCCGGCUGUUGUUCCGCCUGCAGGACGCCGAGAGGCGCAAUCGGGGAAUCCUGGUGUAUUUGCAGGACGACGUGGUGUUUGGAGCAGAAGACGGAGAGCCGUACGCGCUGGACGAGCGGUUAAUUGCGAAAGCGAGGGGGAAGUAA